AUGUCGCCUUCUAUUGUUGAUAUUGUUGAGGCCCCGGUCGUUGAGGCCCCCAUCGAGGUCCCUAUCGAGGCUGUCCCCGUUGUUGAGGAGCCUAUCAUCGAGUCCAAGGGCAGCUCUGUCGAGUACCUGCCCCUGAACAGUGUGGACGCCGUUGACCUGCCCGCCAUUGGCGCCACCAAGCUGCGCAAGAUGAUCUUUGAGACCAAGGACCUCAUUGUCUGCCCCGGUGUCUACGACGGCCUGUCUGCCCGUACCGCCAUCGAGACUGGUUUCGAUGCCAUGUACAUGACUGGUGCCGGCACUACUGCUUCCCGUCUUGGCCAGCCCGAUCUGGCCAUUGCCCAGCUCCACGAGAUGAGAGAAAACGCAGAGAUGAUUGCCAACCUUGACCCCUUUGGCCCCCCUCUCAUUGCCGACAUGGAUACCGGCUACGGCGGCCCCAUCAUGGCUGCCCGUACCGUCGAGCAAUACAUCCGCGCCGGUGUCGCUGGUGCCCAUCUUGAGGACCAGGUCCUGACCAAGCGCUGCGGCCAUCUUUCCGGCAAGAAGGUCGUCCCCCGCGAGGAGUACUACUCCCGCAUCCGCGCCGCCCACGCUGCCCGCGUCCGCAUGCGCUCCGACUUUGUCCUGAUUGCCCGCACCGAUGCCCUCCAGUCUCUCGGCUACGACGAGUGCAUCGAGCGUCUCCGCACGGCCCGUGAUCUCGGCGCCGAUGUUGGCCUGCUCGAGGGCUUCAAGAGCAAGGAGCAGGCUGCGCAGGCUGUCAAGGACCUCGCCCCCUGGCCGCUUCUGCUCAACAGUGUCGAGAACGGCGCCAGCCCUACCAUCACUGUCGACGAGGCUCGCGAGAUGGGCUUCAGAAUCAUGAUCUUCUCCUUUGCCUGCAUCGUCCCCGCCUACAGAGCCAUCAAGGACACCCUGGUUCUGCUCAAGACCAAGGGCAUUGUUGGCACUCCCAAGGACCUCACACCCGUCAAGCUCUUUGAGGUUUGCGGCCUGAAACACUCUAUGGAGGUCGACCAAUCUGCCGGUGGUCUUUCCUUUGCCGACGGCAUCUCUAACGCAUAA